GCGCGAGCCGGCCUCGGAGCCGCGGCCUCGCACCGCCCCCUCCGCGCCCGGCACGCCCGGCGCCGCCUUUCGGCCCCUCUCCCCCGCUCGGCCCCGGCCAGGUCUGAUUCGCGGCGCGCGCGGCCCCGGAGGCUCUCGGCGAGCGCGGCGCGGUAACAAGUGGGCAAGGAUGCCGUACGAGAUCAAGAAGGUGUUCGCCAGCCUCCCCCAGGUGGAGAGAGGCGUCUCCAAAAUCAUCGGCGGCGACCCCAAGGGCAACAAUUUUCUUUACACCAAUGGAAAGUGCGUCAUCUUAAGGAACAUCGACAACCCAGCCAUCGCUGACAUCUACACGGAGCAUGCCCAUCAAGUGGUGGUGGCCAAGUACGCGCCCAGCGGAUUCUACAUCGCCUCCGGAGAUGUAUCUGGGAAGCUGCGGAUCUGGGAUACCACGCAGAGGGAGCACCUCUUGAAGUAUGAGUACCAGCCUUUUGCAGGGAAGAUCAAGGACAUUGCUUGGACAGAAGACAGCAAGAGGAUUGCUGUGGUCGGAGAAGGAAGGGAGAAGUUUGGUGCCGUCUUCCUGUGGGACAGCGGCUCUUCCGUGGGCGAGAUCACGGGACACAACAAAAUCAUCAACAGCGUGGACAUCAAGCAAAGCAGGCCAUACCGGCUGGCGACGGGCAGCGAUGAUAACUGCGCCGCCUUCUUUGAGGGGCCACCAUUCAAGUUCAAGUUUACAAUUGGCGACCACAGCCGCUUUGUCAAUUGUGUGCGAUUCUCUCCUGACGGGAACAGAUUUGCGACGGCCAGUGCUGACGGCCAGAUAUACAUCUAUGAUGGGAAGACGGGAGAGAAAGUGUGUGCGCUGGGAGGAGGCAAGGCUCACGACGGAGGCAUUUAUGCUAUUAGUUGGAGUCCUGAUAGCACCCAUUUGCUUUCUGCUUCUGGAGACAAAACUUCUAAAAUUUGGGACGUCAAUGUGAAUUCUGUCGUCAACACGUUUACAAUGGGCUCCAAUGUUCUGGACCAGCAGCUGGGCUGCUUAUGGCAGAAGGACCACCUCCUCAGCAUCUCUCUGUCUGGGUACAUCAAUUACCUGGACAAGAACAACCCCAGCAAACCUCUGCGGGUCAUCAAGGGUCACAGCAAGUCAAUCCAGUGUCUGACGGUGCAUAAAAACGGCGGCAAGUCCUACAUCUACUCUGGGAGCCACGACGGGCACAUUAAUUACUGGGAUUCGGAGACAGGGGAAAAUGACUCCUUUGCUGGAAAGGGCCACACGAACCAGGUAUCCAGGAUGACCGUGGACGAGUCUGGGCAGCUGGUGAGCUGCAGCAUGGACGAUACGGUGCGGUACACCAACCUCACUCUGAGGGACUACAGCGGACAGGGAGUUGUGAAACUGGAUGUUCAACCGAAGUGCGUCGCCGUCGGCCCUGGAGGAUACGCCGUGGUCGUGUGCAUUGGGCAGAUCGUCCUGCUGAAGGAUCAGAAGAAGUGCUUCAGCAUCGACAACCCCGGCUACGAGCCCGAAGUUGUGGCAGUGCACCCCAGCGGUGACAUGGUGGCUGUCGGGGGCGCGGACGGGAAUGUCCGCCUGUACUCCAUCCUGGGCACCACGCUCAAGGACGAGGGCAAGCUCCUGGAGGCCAAGGGCCCUGUGACCGACGUGGCGUAUUCCCACGAUGGUGCCUUCCUCGCCGUGUGUGAUGCCAGCAAAGUGGUCACAGUCUUCAGCGUUGCUGACGGCUACUCGGAGAACAACCUUUUUUAUGGUCACCAUGCAAAGAUCGUCUGCCUGGCCUGGUCACCAGACAACGAGCAUUUUGCCUCUGGCGGCAUGGACAUGAUGGUGUACGUCUGGACCCUCAGUGACCCCGAGACCAGGGUCAAGAUCCAAGAUGCACACCGCCUACACCACGUCAGCAGCCUGGCCUGGCUGGAUGAGCACACGCUGGUCACGACCUCCCACGACGCCUCUGUCAAGGAGUGGACAAUCGCCUACUGAGGCCCCGCCUGUGGACGGGCCGCAUCAGGGACGAGAUUCAGCUGCAGCAGAACGCGGCGUUUCUCUAAAUCCUCUCUAGCGCGUCCCGCCCCCGCCCGCUUGGGAGGGAGGGGGCCUUAACCCGUGAAUCCCCUCGUCUCUCUACAGGGUGUUCAGAUCUGUACACGUCCUUCUGAAAGCUUUAGACAGUGACAGUUUGCACAUGAAAAAUAAAGCGAGCACUUAAACAA